CUGGGUCACAUGCGUGGGUUCCCUAUAGCCAGAAGCAGCAGAAGAUGCUUGGACCAUAAAUCCACAGCCAUUUUCAUUCAAGAAAAGAGAGGAUCCGCUGUGGACGGCUCGCUGUCUGACUGGGGCGGUGGUGGUGGCCAGACUACACCCGCUUAUUCUGACCUCUUUGUUUUCUUUUUUCUUUUUUUUUCUUCUUGAAUUCGCAGCAAACCCGUUUUCUCCACAUCCACAGACGGAAAACAGGAAUGAGUAUAGAAAUUCCUGAGGGACUGACGGAGCUGUUACAGAGCUUUACCGUGGAAGUGUUGAGGAAUCAGCCGAGGGAUCUGCUUGAGUUUGCGCUCCAGUACUUCACCCGUCUGAAGGACAGCGAGACCAAAGAGGCCUCCUUUGGCCAUGACCAAAAUUCGGCCCCUAGAUCUGGGAAAGCGGUCAAUUUCAUUGACGAGGCCAUGCAGAUCGAUUCGGAGAACGGGGAGGAAGAGGACGACGACGAUGAAGAAUUCAUAGCACCAGUGAUAAACAGAUUCAUCAGAAGAGCAUCAGUGUGUGCAGAGGCGUUCAACCCUGACGAUGAAGAAGAAGAUAAAGAGCCACGGGUUACCCAUCCCAAAACGGAUGAACAGAGACAGAGACUACAGGAAGCUUGCAGGGACAUUCUUCUCUUCAAGAAUUUAGAUCCAGAGCAAAUGUCUCAGGUUUUGGACGCCAUGUUUGAAAAGCUCUGCACGGAGGGCGAGCACAUCAUUGAUCAAGAUGAUGACGGGGACAACUUCUAUGUAAUUGAAAGUGGGACGUUUAACAUCUUCGUGAAGGUCGAGGGUGCUGAGAAGUUGGUGGGUUCCUACGACAACAAAGGCAGCUUUGGAGAACUGGCGCUGAUGUACAACACCCCCCGGGCAGCCACGAUAAUUGCAACCUCACCUGGAGCCCUUUGGUGCCUGGAUCGUCUGACGUUCAGGAGGAUCAUAGUGAAAAACAACGCCAAGAAGAGGAAGCUGUACGAGGCAUUCAUUGAAACUCUUCCCCUGCUCACGUCUUUAGAGGUGUCAGAGAGAAUGAAGGUAGUAGAUGUGCUUUCCACAAGGGUGUAUAACGACUCCCAGCAAAUUAUUGCUCAGGGUGAUUUAGCCGAUUGCUUUUACAUCGUUGAGAGCGGCCAAGUUAGAAUCACCAUGAAAAGAAGCCGGACAAAAAAAGACGAGGAGGAGGAAGAGGAGGUGGAUAUUGCCACGUGCACGAGGGGCCAGUAUUUUGGGGAGUUGGCUCUUGUCACAAACAAGCCCAGAGCUGCAUCGGCAUAUGCUGUGGGGAGUGUCAAAUGCUUGGUCUUGGAUGUCAAAGCCUUUGAGAGACUACUCGGCCCGUGCAUGGACAUCAUGAAGAGAAACAUCGCUAACUACGAGGAGCAGCUGGUGGCCUUGUUUGGAAGUAGCACUGAGAUUGAGCAGCAGAGUGCAUAAAGCAACUCCAACAAACCAUAAUGGAGACAACGGGAACAAACAGGCCCACUGAGGAUGUUUUUCCGCAAUGCUACUCAAAACACAAGAAGAAAUGUGAAUACCCACUAUACAACAUUUGAGUGUCUUACAAUUAAGACUAAGAUAUGGCCCGUUUUAGUAGAGUGUACAACAGAAAGUUGCAGAUUCAGCACGCCAAAGCAGAGUUGCUCAAAAGCUUGUUUUAUUGCAUUAACCAUGACUUUCACUGUAAAGAAUAUGUGUGCAUUUUAAUUGUCGAGUGUCAAGUGCUUCACUUUUUUUGUAAACUGAAACACUUUGUUAAGCCUCACCCCAUAUUUUUCUUUGAAAAACGGUAUUCUGAUAAGACAGUGUAUUAUUGCUUGUAAAUUUCUAAACCUUAGCAGUCUUAAAUAGGAUGCCACAGUUGAUUUAUGUUUGGAUAGUCAUUUUCGAUUUGCCACAUUUACCUUUCUCAGUAGGAGAAAUUCAUAUGAUCCACACAUGGCGUGAAAAAAUAUUUACUUCCUCACAGAUUUGGAAAAUUUUGCAGCCUAAAUGUUGUUAAAAUUAAAGCAAACUUUAAAAUCAUGCAAGGAUAAUCUUAAUAAAUACAAAAUGCAGUUUUUAAAUUAUGAUUUUUUUCUUUACUUAGAGAGGGAGAUCUAUCCAAACCAACCCUGUAUAAAAAAGUAAUAAAGUGAUUGAACCGUUGUUAGUUAUUCAUUUUAUAUGAUCGAUCAUGUGUUUUUUUUAAAGCUGAGUUUAUUUAUAUUUACUGAAC